AUGGUGACUAAAGAAGAAGCAAACCGAGAGGAAAUCAUCGCAGACUUGAAGAAGCAAUACGCAGAAGUAUUCAAGUGCGGACUUGGCAAGUGCGUCAAGAAUGAAGCGAAGUUGCUGUUGAGGGACAACGCACUACCUGUUUUCAAGAAGAAGCGACCAGUGCCCUUUGCCUCCGUGCCGGAUUUGGAUGCUGAAAUCGAUCGUCCGGUUGCUGAACAAGUGAUUUUCCCAGUAGAGCAUUCAGAGUGGACUACGUCUAUCGUUGUAGUCAAGAAGAAAAGUGGACAAAUCCGCUUGUGCGGAGACUUCUCGACAGGAUUGAACGACGCGCUGCAGUUGCACCAGCACCCGUUGCCCACCGCAGCGAACGUGUUUACGAAGCUGAAUGGAGGACAGCUUUUCACGCAAAUCGACUUCGCAGAAGCGUAUCUGCAGGUGGAAGUUGAAGAAGAAUCAAAGGAAAUGCUGACGAUUAAUACGCACAGAGGAUUGUAUCGCUACAAUCGUCUACCCUUCGACGUGAAGUCAGCACCUGGCAUAUUCAAGCAAAUCAUGGAUUCAAUGAUAUGUGGACUGAAAGGCGUUGCUGCCUAUCUGGAUGACGUGAUAAAUCAGAGGCCGCACACAACAGGAGCAUCGCCAUAA